AUGGAAUCACACUUUUGCAGACAGUCCACCACCAGGGAGUAUUUGCACCCAGAUCUGACUAUUGAGAAAAUGUAUUAUUUUUACGUGCAAGAGGGACGUCAGCCACAGUGUAGUUAUCACACCUAUCGAAGGGUAUUCAAGUCAUUGAAUCUUUCUUUCCAUCACCCAAAGAAAGACCAGUGUAGCCUUUGUUCGUCCUAUAAAGAAGGCAGCACGGAAACGAAGGCCAAACUCGAAGAUUCUUUUGCUGCACACAUUGCAGAGAAGGACUCUGCGCGAAAGAAGAAAAAAGAUGCUAAAGAAUCAUCACAAGAAAACCCUGAAGUAAUAGCUAGUGCUGUAUUCGACCUGCAACAGUUUGUGGCUGAACAACCCCGCAUUCGACAACUGAGAAAAUUUGACACGGGGGAAAAUGUUAAUUUCACCGCAAUCAAGGAAGUUAUGGUAAAGAAAGAUGUUCCACAUCUUGCUGAUCAGUAUAACACAUUAUCUCUGAAAAGAAACACUCUUGAAGUCCUGAAACAGCCGGUACGUAGACUUAAUAAUGGUCCAAUUAAAUUAGACAGCCUGAAAUACGAAAACCUUGUUGAGCUAUGUACUGGACCUACACCCAUAGUGCGAGAUCUAACGUUUCAACAAUACUUCAAGAACCUCCCGAAUCAUUAA